AUGCUUUGGCUCACGCUCACUUCGCUCAACAUCACGCCCUCGCUGGUGGGGAGGGCACUCGGUUCGGUCCGCUCGGCGUCUGCUGUUUCGGGCGCCAUUCAGAGCGCGCUUGGUCACCACAAGGCGCUGGCUGAGUACGUGGAGCACUACGCCGGGUUGUGCAACCCGGAUGCGCUGCAUGUGUGCGACGGGUCCGAGGGCGAGUACACCACGUUUAUGGAGACGAUGGUCGAGGACGGCUCGAUGUUCAAGCUCAACGAGGCCAAGCGCCCGAACUCGUACCUCGCCCGCUCGGACCCGCGCGACGUGGCCCGCUCGGAGGAGAGCACCUUUAUCUCGUGCGUCAACGAGGAGGACGCAGGACCGACCAACAACUGGCGCGAUCCGGUCGAGAUGAAGGCCACCAUGGCCAACCUGUACAAGGACUGCAUGGUCGGCCGGACCAUGUUUGUUGUCCCGUUCUCGAUGGGCCCCAUCGGCGGGCCCAUCUCGCACAUUGGUGUCCAGCUGACCGACUCGAUGCACGUGGCGGCGUCGAUGCGGCUGAUGACUCGCAUGGGCAAGGCCCCGCUCGAGGCCCUCGGCACCGACGGUGAGUUUGUCAAGUGCAUGCACUCGGUCGGCUACCCGCUCGCCGACGGCAAGGCCGAUGUCGCGUGGCCGUGCGAUCCCGACAACAAGUACAUCACCCACUACCCGGAGGAGAACCUCGCCGAGUCGUACGGCUCGGGCUACGGCGGCAACUCGCUGCUCGGAAAGAAGGCCUUUGCGCUGCGCCUGGCGUCAGCGAUGGGCAAGCGCGAGGGCUGGCUCGCCGAGCACAUGCUCAUUCUUGGCGUGACCAACCCCGAGGGCAAGAAGAAGUACGUCGCCGCCGCCUUCCCGUCGGCGUGUGGCAAGACCAACUUUGCCAUGCUCGAGCCGACCAUGCCCGGCUGGAAGGUCGAGUGCGUCGGUGACGACAUUGCCUGGAUGAAGUUUGGCCCCGACGGAAAGCUCUACGCCAUCAACCCCGAGAACGGGUUCUUUGGCGUUGCGCCGGGAACUUCGAUGGGGACCAACCCGAACGCCAUGCGCUCGCUCGACCGCGACUGCAUCUACACCAACGUGGCCAUGACCGCCGACGGUGACGUGUGGUGGGAGGGCAUGACGGAAGAGACCCCCGAGGGUAUGACCAACUGGCUCGGCGAGCCGCACAACCCGGCGUCGAACACGCCGGCCGCGCAUCCCAACUCGCGCUUCACUGUGCCCAUCGCCAACUGCCCGGUCCUCGACCCGAACUUUGAGGCCCUCGAGGGCGUGCCCAUCGACGCCAUCAUGUUUGGCGGCCGCCGGCCGACCACCAUCCCGCUUGUCCACGAGGCUUUCUCCUGGAACCACGGCGUGCUCAUGGGCGCGUCGGUCGCCUCGGAGAAGACCGCCGCCGCCACCGGUGACGACAUCGGUGAGAUCCGUCACGAUCCGUUUGCCAUGCUGCCGUUCUGCGGCUACAACAUGGGCGACUACUUCCAGCACUGGAUCGACAUGGGCAAGACCGAGGGCGCCAAGCUCCCGUCCAUGUACCUUGUCAACUGGUUCCGCCAGGACCCGGAGACCGGCAAGUUCAUCUGGCCGGGCUUUGGCGAGAACUCGCGCGUCCUCAAGUGGAUCUUUGAGCGUACCGACGGCGUGACCGACAACGCCGCAAAGACCCCCAUUGGCUACGUCCCCACUCCUGAUGCCCUCGACACCGACGGCCUCGCCGGCAUCACCAACGACGAGCUCACCGAGCUCCUCCGCGUCGACCCCGACGCCUGGCAGCGCGAGAUCAACCAGAGCGACGAGUACCUCACCUCGACCUUUGGCCCCAAGCUCCCCGCCGAGCUCAAGAACGAGAUCGAGUCGCUCAAGAAGUCGUUCUAGCCACCCUAAACACGAUCUUCUUCACUCA